UCGUUACACUAAUAACGAAGUUAUCGUCAUCAACUGCAGAGGCGCUGGUGGCUCAAGUAGCGCGAUUAUACGAAAGUGUUAACAUGUUUCCACUCUUGUAUUUUAUUUAUCGUGAAUAUUCUCGUCAGAUUCUCGUGUGUAAAUAAUCUGUUAAAUCUGUUUGCUGGUGUUUUGUUGUGUUUUUGCUGUUUUCUUGUUUUUUUCUUCUGUUUAAAAAGUAAAAGAUGAGUUCCGUGGUCUGAAGAAAUUGGAAGAAAUAAAUUAUUUUUGAAGUGAUUCUAGAAUUGUCGCAAUGCGGGGAAAGUGCAUUGUAAGAAAUUGUACUAAAGGUGCUCGCAAUCCUGGGCACACACUGCCAAACGAUUUAAAUAGGGUGAAGCGAUGGCUCGAAGUCGUAAACAAUCCAUCUCUGGACAAUCUUCCUCUUGAUGUACUUCGUAAACAGUAUGUCAUUUGUUCCAAACAUUUCGCUGAAGAGGAUUUUAUUGAAUUUAAGAGUAAAUUCAAAAGAUUAAAAGAUUCUGCGAUACCAACACUACAUUUACCUAUUCUUGAAGAACAGGAAAGUGUUGAGAUGGCUUGUGAUCCCGAAGGUGAAAAUUUGGAACCUUCCAAUGAAGAUUUAAAUGAAAACAGCUACUUAUGUUUAGCGACUACGUUAUUUGAAGUAUCACCAAAGGAAAAAAAUAUUUUCGAAAAUCCAGUUCCAGUGACUGUAUCUCCGGCUUUUUCCCAUUCUUUAAAUAUCAGCAGCAGUCAAAAUCAGAAUGAAGUACGGAAAUCAGUAUCUAUGUGUACACCACCAUCGAAUUUAAAUUCAACUUUGGCUGUAAAUGAAGAUCUGGCGAGCAAUGAACCAAACCAUUUUGGUGCUACUUCAACAACCAGAAAAGUUCCAAAAGUAGUAAAGUCUAAACGAAAACGCAUGUUUCUAGGGAAAAAAAAGAAUGUUGUGUUAACGCCUGUUGCGCAGAAUAUUCAUAACAUCUCUAGAGACAUCCGACGAAAACAUUUUCGUGCUGUCUUAAAAUUAAAAAGCACUACACGUAAACUAAAGGAAGCUAAGGAAGAGUUGCCAUCUAGUGCUAAGAAAUUAACAUCAACGCAGCUGGAAUUUUUACAGAUGCAGCUGGAUAAUGCUGGAAAGGAUGAAAAACAUCGAAAAUACAGCGAAGAGCAGAAAACAAUGUGUAGUGCAAUUUUGAAGAUAUCUAAGAAGUGCUACACUUUCCUUAGAUCUAUUUUCAUAAUGCCAUCUGCCAGAACCUUAAGAAGACAUUUAAAUAAGGUUCAUCUUCAUACUGGCAUAAAUAAAAAUGUUUUUAAAGAAGUUGAACAAUCAGUUAUGCAAAUGUCUGAUGACCGGGAGAAAGUUAUGGCAUUACUUUGGGACGAAUUCAGCGUACAGCCUUUUGUCCAUUACGAUCACAAGCAGGACAAGUUAAUUGGUUUUGAGGACUUUGGGGACAAGAGAACCAGCAAAUUUGCAGACCACAUUUUAGUUUUUAUGGUACGUGGUGUGAAAAGUGGUACUAAGAUGCCAAUUUCCUAUUACCAUGUUAACUCUGGUACUAAAUGGGAACAGUUAACAAAAUGCAUUAAAGAAAAUGUCAGAGCUGUUUCUCAAACCGAAUUAAAUAUAAUCCUGCUAAUUUGUGAUCAAGGAGCCGCUAAUCGCAAAGCUUUGAAGGAACUAAGAAAUCAGCACGAAACGAAAUGUUUAAAAAAAGGUGUUGAUCCAGGUCGCCCAGUGGAGUUAACUUUAGAAAACAGUAAAAUGUGUUUUAUGUUUGACCCUCCUCAUGUCGCAAAAAGCGACAGAAAUAAUUUGCUGGAUAAAAAUUUAGAGGUAGACUUCAAAGACUCAGAAAGAGACACAACUGUAUCCAGAAAAUUUAUUUCCUGGAAAACUUUUGAGGUGGCGUAUGAAAUGGACAGGAAUUCGGACAGUAUGGACAGAUUUCUCCCUAAACUAACCGACGAACACAUUAAUCCGAAAUUAAUAAAGAAGAUGAAAGUUUCAUAUGCCGUCAACGUCUUGAGCCAAUCAAUGUCCUCUUUUAUUAAUCUCUGUUUGCUGAAAAAAGCAAUUGUAAAUACAUCCACCGGUACUUUAGAGAUGAAAGAAGAAGACAGACAUGCUGCAAAUUAUGCACUGUUUAGAGACCAACUUUUUGACUCUGUGAACGGACAAGAGUUAAACCCAGAAAAGCCACUGAGAGGUGUACUAACUGACGAUAGCGUCCACAUUCAAUUUUGGAAUACAGCGAAACAAACGCUAAAAAAUAUGCGAUAUGUAGACAUGACAUCCAAAAAACCAUUACCGAAUCCUCCAUGCUUAAAUGCAUGGCCGAAAAUCUUGGACGCAUUGGAGAUAGUUUGGGCGAGAGUGAAAAAUCUUGGCUUCGAGUAUUUGAAGCUGGGACUAUUAAAUCAGGAUGCACUGGAAAAUUUUUUUGGAUGCAUGCGAAAUCACAGUGGUCGUUUUGUAAAGUUAAAUUGCUAUCAAGCAGAUGGCGUAUUUAAAACUUUACUAAUUAAUAAUUUAAUUUCUUACCAUUCUGUGGGGUCAAAUUGUCUGCCAGAUUACGGGAAAGGUCUUUUUGCUUUGCAAAGCCUUAUUUUCAGCAGCGAAAAAGAAAUUGAGGAAAUUAAUGAGGGUUUAUUUGAAAAUGAUGAACCACGUCACAAUCCUAAAAGAGCGACGAACAGAAGACAUUGCUUCUCUUUUCAAAUUAACAAGAAAGUAGCGCUUACUUUCGCAAAACAAUUACUCUCCAAGCAUUGCCCUUCGGAUUGUGCUGAAUGCCAAAAGAGUUUUUUCGAAACAGUAGAAGGAGAUGUUCUGACGAACACCGCUAUGAACUAUUUUGAAAGAGGUUUCAUCCAAGCAACUUCAACAUGCUUCCGGGAAUUACCAUUGAUGUGCUUCCAGCGAGAAGUAUCCUAUAAAUUAAAAAACGUGCUGCUACGAAAAAUUGACUUCGAAUGGGUGACAUGCAAGAACCAUCGAGAUGUAAUCAGCAACAAAUUUCUGCUGAUGAUUAUCAAUCACUGCAUCAAUAAAUGGUCUACUCAUUUAAAUCGCCUUUUAAAUGGAAGCGUAAUGCAUCAUACUGGCAGUACGGUGGAACAACAAGCACGUGAUCACUACAUUAGUUACCAUAAGAGAAGAUUAGGAACCAAUAAGCAGCGUGGCUAUGACGUUUAAAAUUGUCCCCGGUAUGUCUUCAGUCCGAACAAAUAGUGGACAUGGGUCCAUAUUUGUGGCGUUAGAACCCGAGAGUCACAAUCACAAAAAUAGUAAUCAAAACAUAAAAUUGAAUAGAAUAUUAACGUCGAAAAGUUUCUUGACACAGUUUCAACAAAUAGCACCGAUGAACUCGCAAAACACACAACUUCCGGUAUUGUCACGCAAAAUGGUUUUGACAAUACUUCAAAACACAAGGAAUUCAUCAAUCAAUCAAUUAAUAGUCCAUCGUCACAAGAAACUAAUGGUCAUCAGACUAAUGGUCAAAAGAAUUCCAUUUUUACUGAUCCAUUACAACCGAAAAAAUACAAGAGAAAUCAUAAUCAUCAUAUCUGGAAUAAAUUUAAAAGAAUUGUCGUUGUUCAACUCAAAUAGAAAUAGUUUUACGCCAAUUUCCAAAAAUGUUCAUAAUGGAGUAAAUCAUUCAGUCAAGCGGUAUAAUACAAGAAGUGAUCGCUUCCCAAAUAAUAAUAAAACUCAUCACAGCACCUCUCUGAAACAUAAUCAAAAAGGAAAAGUUGAUAGACUAUUGGCGGCCAGUAGUAAUGAUUGGCAAGUGUCAAAGGAUAUCCAUGCACCAUCUUUAACAGCCAUUUCUAAUGGAUAGUCCGUCACUCAUAACAAUCGGUCAGCUCCAAUAAAUGUAAAUUAUUUUACUAGUUUUCUUCCAAUUCUUCUUUAAAUUAGUUUAUUUUUUUUACAUUUUAGAAAAGAUAGUGGAAUAUUUAAUUACAAUUCAACUCCAAAUGCAUUUGGUGACCCCCAUCGCUUUGAAACGAUUUGUUCGCAUUUAUUGAAAACAUCGCAUCGUGGAUUAUGGUCAGUAUAUUAACAAAAAAUUGAAUUUUUUCAAAAUUAUUUGCACGUCCAAUGAAA